GCAUUUUGAGUUCAAGUGCAAUAUUUUUUUUUUGGGGUAACUCUCUCUCUCUCUCUCUCUGAGUCUGAGGCCCACUUACCAACCAAUCAAACUCACAGAAGAAACACAAACAGAGUUGAAGGGUAGUUGCCAAGUCAAACAUUCAAUCAAAAACCCCAUCGAAAACGAAAACAAGAUGUCACCGUCACACUCCGUCACACCACCAACCUACACCAGCAUACCCAUUUCCGUCUCCGGCUCCGAUGCCAUCACCCGAUCCAUCAAAAACCUCAACGACGCCGUCUCCCGCCGCCGCCACUGGCCCGAGUUCGCCUCCUCACUCGACCGGCCCGACUCGUUCUCCGCCGCGCUGACCCGGAUCCGGACCAACGCCAACCACUUCCGGGUCAAUUACUUGCUCCUGAUCGGCGCCUGUGGGGCGCUCUCGCUCAUCGGAAGCCCGGGAUGGCUUGUGGUGACGGCGGCCGUCGUGGGGCUGUGGCUGGUGAUCUACUUCUUCAGGGAGGACCCACUUGAGGUGUGGGGCCACCACGUCAGCGAUUGGGCCGUGCUGGUGGCUCUGGGAUUGGUAUCUGUUUUGGUUGUUUGGGCCAGCGGUGGAUUUGGGAGUGUCUUAUUGGGCCUUGUAGUUGGGCUUGUGUUGUGUGGGGUCCACGGGCUGCUCCGGAACCCGGAAGGCUUGUUUCUCAACGAGAAUGACGCGGCUUCCCAAGGCUUGAUCGGGCCCACUUCUCCAUCAGGCUGAUAAAUCCUAACUUCAUAUUUUAAUAAUUAUUUUAUUAUUUGGGGUUGAUGAGUUUGUUGCAUUCUGUGGCUUGAAAACAAACGACAAGCAUUUCAUUGUCGUUUUCUUUUUGUUUUGGUUGAAUUUUUUUGGGUGUUUGUGGAUUGUGGUGUGUUGGGUUUUGACUGAUGUUUGACUGAUUUAUUAGGGGUGUAAGAGUGUAACUAAUAAUAGAGUGAAAAAUGAUAGUGUCUUUCUCUUGUAACCAUUGAUUUAUGGGUUUCUAUUAUUUUUCUGAUG